AUGGCGAAAAUGGUCGAUCAACGGUUAAAGCUAAUAAUAUGUUCGGUUUUUGCACUGAACGCGCAAUUAGUCUUCGGUGAUAGCUUUCUUAACUUCACAUUUCUAGAGAGUGCCGUAUCGAAAGGAGCAGUUUGUUUAGAUGGGAGUCCACCCGCUUACGCGUUCGACAAGGGGUUCGGAGAGGGGGCUAAUAAUUGGGUUGUUUUUCUUGAGGGUGGUGGAUGGUGUAAUUCAAAAUCUGAUUGCUUGGAUAGAGCAAAAGGGUAUUUUGGGAACAGUAUAUCGAGGCCGUUUAAUCGAACCUUCUUCUCGGGGAUUCUCGACCAAACUCAGAUAUUUAAUCCAGGUAAUUAG